AUGCCACCCACUCUGGUCGUUUUAGUCGUGUGCAUGCAUGUAAAUAAUUUUCACUAUAUUUAACAAAGUUUAUCGAUUUCUCUAUUAUAUACGUUUGUGCUCAUGAAACUAUUAGGAAGCUGUUAAAUAUGAAUGUGUAAGUGUAUAGCGUCGAUUAUGCUAUUAAUGUAGUUGUUACUGCUUUUUUGUUCUUCUACCUUUGGUAUUAUCAUGACGUGUAUAUAUAUAUGUUUAUAGGCAUGUUCGUGCAUGUAUUGCAUUUUAUUGCUAUGUAUUGCUACAUUCUAUACUAUAUUCGGUAAUAUAUAGCACGAGAGUAGUGGCGCAUGCUGCCUGCAUGCAUUUGGAAAUGUGUGUCUCCUCUUUUUUAAACACUUUCGUUUUUCAUAUUUUCGUGUUUUCGGUUGUGCUACUGCUACUGUUAAAGUUGAUAGCUGUUGCAACAGUGACUACUGGCCAACAUAUGUGUCUAGAACGUCAGACAAACGUUCUUGGCACCUUUGCAAGCCAGGCUGAACGAAACGGGCGACAAUAGAAAAGCAUUCAUUACCUUAAAAGGAAACAAGAAAAAAUAAAUAAAAAUAAAAUAAAAAUUUUGUGAAAAAUGUGAAACGAAAUUCAAAUCCAAAUUUGUACUUGAAAGCCUGGGACAAAAAUAGUUGUUUGUUGUGCGCUGUAUUCGUGCUUUGUGUUAUUUUCUCUAUUUGGUUUUAUUACAAUUUGUUUGCUAAAUUCAAUUAGAUUCGCUCGUUGAUUUGGUUGAAUUCAGUGUUUUAUGAAUUCGGUUACAUACGACAUCAAAUAAUUUAAAUUCAAAAAGAAAAUUACACACACACACACACACACACACAUUAUUUAUGCAGACAUAUUUGCAGUUCCAUUAUGAAUAAAUCGCAUAUAUCUACAGAUAUAUUAAAUCGCAUGAAGGCCUUUGAAAGUACCGACUCUGAAGCCUUGAAUAGACUACCGAUAGUCCCGCUCUCUUUAGAGAACGAACAAGAGAAAACAGCCACCAUAGGACCGCCAACAGGAAUAAUGAUGUCGUCGCCACCGUCAGGUGUACAAACAGAUGCCGAAGGUCUGAUAUUGCCAAAGAAAUUGAUCAAUCCCUGUCUCGAAUCAACGGAUCGCAAACAAUUGCAUCGCGAAUUGAAAUUCACCACAAAAAUGGGUAUAAAUGUUUUAAAUCAGAAAUCUGAACUGCAAAGAGCUUAUGAGAAACAAAGAGAAAAACAACUGCAACAGCAACAGCAUGACCAGCAUUCACCCACUAUAGGCCUUAAAGGUGAAUUGAGUCGUGUGAUAAUGGAACGAGCGCAAAAACAUGAACAAGCCCGCCAACAGGAAACAGAAAACGAUGAAGACAAACAAUACGUAAAUCCUGAAUAUUUGAACAUUAAAGCGAAACUGAAACAGACCACAGACUUUAAAUAGAUUAGAAAAUAAAUAAGAAAAAGUGUCAGAAAUAAUUGCUUUUUCCUUUUUUUUUUUUUUCUUUUUGUAAUUU